AUCUCAAUUAUAGAGUACAAUGUCGUGUAACUAGCAAUCUCUCAGGCAUUAAGAAACUUCAUGCUCAUCUUCUCACAACAGGCUUACUCUUUGCCUCCCAUGAUUUCCACACCCAACUCAUUGCUACAUAUCAUGCAUGCCUUCCUAAGAAUAACAACAACCUUCAAUCACUCAACAAUUUCUUCCAAUGCAUCAACGCCACCAACCCAUUACACUUCAACGUCCUAAUAUCUGAUUUCUGUCACAAAGGUUUCCCCUUUCUCGCUCUCACGGCCUUCUCCUUUAUGCACACCAACGGUGUUCCCUUGGAUACCUACGCUUUGUGUAGCACUUUGACGGCUUCCUCUAAAGUCAAACACGUUCAUUUUGGGAAACAGAUACAUGCCCUUGUAGGAAAAUCAGGUUGGUCUUCUAGUGUGUUUGUGGGCAGUGCUCUCAUUGAUUUGUAUUCCAAAUUGUCCAAUGUAAAAGAUGCAGCCGUUGUGUUUGAUGAAAUUCCUGAGAAGAACUCUGUCUGUGCCAAUGCACUUUUGUCGGGUUAUGGCGAGGCAGGGUUAUGGAUUGAGGAACUUGAACUUGUUAGGAAGAUGCCCGAGUUGAAACUAAAGUAUGAUCAGUUCACACUAUCAGCAGCUUUACGGGCAUGCACUGGAUUAUCUGCGGUUGAAUUGGGUAGGCAACUGCAUGGUUACUUGCUCCGUACGACACCUGAUGUAGAGAGUGAUGUGUUUCUUCAGAGCGCAUUGAUUGAGAUGUAUGGCAAGUGUGGCUUGGUAAAGAAGGCUUGGCAAGUCUUCAAGUUGGUUGGAAUGGAGAACAGAAAAGAAAGAAGCAGAGACGUUGUGUUGUGGACUUCCAUGCUUGGUGUUUAUGGUAGGAAUGGACAUUACAAGGAAGUUAUUGAUUUGUACAAUGAUAUGUUGGUGGAAGGAAUCAGACCAGAUGGUAUAGCGUUCCUGACAGUGAUCUCAGCUUGUGCUCGCACAGGAGAAGUACACGCCGGUGUCAAGUAUUUUGAAUCAAUGACUAAUGAUUUCAAGUUAGAUCCUGGUCCAGAGCAUUACAGUUGCCUAGUUGAUUUGCUUUGUAGGGCUGGUGAAUUGCAGAAGGCAUGGGAAUUACUAAAUGAGACGCUUUAUACGGGAACGGGAAAUUGUGUGGUGUCAAUGUGGGGAGCUCUACUCAGUGCUUGUGUGGAUCGUGGGAAUAUAGAGCUGGGCAAAUUGGCAGCUCAGAGAGGUCUUGAGUUGGAUCCUCAAAAUGCUGGGAUAUGCAUUAUGCUAUCAAAUUUGUAUGCCCGAUUUGGUAUGUGGGAUGAGAUUGGACAGUUAAGGGUAUUGAUCAAAGCAAGAGGGUUAAGAAAAGAUGUUGGAUGCAGUUGGGUUCAGGUGACUAGCUAGUUGAAUCAGUUGGAAACCAUUUCAUGUGAUGCUGCCUUUUGAAGCUUGCUCAUGGGUCUACUCCAAAUUAUAAUGACGCCCAUCAUCACAGUCACAACAGGAAAUGAAUGAUCCAUUAGUCUGGGGUAAAAGAAUGUGAGACAUUUUGCUAAGGAUUAAAAAAAGGUGAUACAUUUGUCUAGACGUUAGAACAUAUUUAGUACUGAGAAGAACAACAAUGUGGCAUAUUUUUCCUUGGUGGUAACCGUAAACUAGAACUCAACUCAACCUGUCUUCUUUAAUAGUCAAACCCGCCAAAACCUCCCUAAACCACCACCC